CAUAAAUAAAAGAUGGCAAGCUCAGACAGCGAGGUGAAAACAUUACUAAAUUUCGUGAACUUGGCUUCCAGCGACAUUAAGGCAGCCUUGGACAAAUCAGCCCCGUGUAGACGCUCCGUGGACCACAGAAAAUACCUCCAGAAACAGCUGAAGCGCUUCUCGCAGAAGUGCUCCCGGAUGCCCCGGUGCCAUGCGCACAGAGUCACCGACUCUGUCCCCAAAGUUACCGAGGACAAACCUGCCCCGCUCACGCAGGAGAGCGCUGCAUCUCUUUCCCACGCGAAUGGGAAGCGAGAGCCGCGCACAGAGCGUCUGGAUUUGGACCCGGACCCGGAGGACCCUCAGCGGACGGGCCAGGUGCCCAUGCGCAAGCGGCAGCUCCCGGCCUCUUUCUGGGAAGAGCCCCGCUCCUCUCACGGCGAGCGGCCGUGCUCUCAUCACGCUUGGAAGAGGAACUCGCACGUGGGAACUCACGCGUACGAGUCCGACGGCGAGAAAAGCGCCAGGAUUUACGACGAACGAAAGGCUAACUUGCUGCCGUCUGCUCGGCGUGGCUCCCCGGACCUGGAGCCGCUGAGUGUGUUUUUCACAUGCGGCUGCAGUCCCUUCCAGUACCGCGGGAGCCAGGCUCUCCAUACACACGCGCACACACACCUCCUGCUGCCCCAGGCCACUCUCACCCACGUGGGCCUCAGGGCGAAAGUAAACGGAACUGACUUGGAGAUGCAAAAAAUACCGGACGGUCUUAAAAACAACACAGCACACGUGGUGGUCAAGCCGAUUCCCACCAAACCGGUUUCAGCCUCCAUUUUCAGUGUGUUCGGCUUCAUUUAGGUCUCAGCGCGACUGUUUGAGUGUAAACUGAACUGUUAUUAGCUGAGAUGAUGGGUAAAUAUUUUAAACGGAUAUCCAGAGAGUUAAAGGAGGAUUUCACAGAUGUAAAAAAAUCUGCUCUAUUCAAUUGUUGAGAUGUAAAAAAGGUCAUUCGGGGUGGUUUUAUGUGAAAUGGUACACUGUAGAGAAACUUACCAAUUUGUUAUCCAAAAUGACUAUUAAAUCGUUUUAUAUGUGAUAUUGAUAAUGGCAUAACAGAGGGAAAUCCAAAAAAAGUUUUAUUUGGGCACCAUUUUGCUUUUUUAAUUUUAGGCCAAAUCUUUAUCUAAACACUAUAAUAAAACAGUGUCUCAGACAUCAGGUCACAUAACCAGAACCGUUUAAUAGCUUUCUGUGAUGUACCUGAAUACUAAAGACAUCUGGUUCCU